AUGUCCACCCUUCGCAACACCAUCCAACGGCGCAACCAUCGCGAGCGUGCCCAGCCCCUCGAACGCCAAAAAUGGGGUAUUCUCGAGAAACCCAAGGACUACAAGCUUCGCGCCGCCGACCACAAGGUCAAGAAGCGCAAGAUCAAGACCUUGCAGCAGAAGGCGGCCGAGCGCAACGAUGAUGAGUUCUACUUCGGCAUGAUGAGCAACCAGAGUCAGGGCGGGGUGAAGGUGGCGCAGCGAGGGAACAACAAGGUGCUCGGGGAGGAGGUGGUGAAGUUGAUGAAGACGCAGGAUGUUGGGUAUUUGAGGACGGUGUUGCAGCAGACAAGGAGGGAGCGGGAGCGAGUGGGGAGGGAAGUCAUAAGCGGGCAGGUCGGUGUCGAGGUUGCGAGGCCUGUGGGUGGCGGGAAGAGGGUGCUGUUUGGCGAGGACGGAGAGGCUGUCGAGGGUGCUGGUACGCUAAAUCCAAGAGGCGCCGACGCGGAAGAGUGGGUGUCGAGUGACGAGGAAGAGGGCGAUGCGUCAGACGCUGGAAAGCCUUCGGGUCAGGAACGAAAAAAGCGGAAGAAGCAGGAUGCGCGGCGGAAGAAGCUACAGGCGCUUGAAGAACGGGAGCGUGAUAUGGCGGCUGCGCUACACGAAGUCGAGAUGCAGAGGGCGAAGAUGAAUGGCACUGUUGGUGGGGUGAACAAGAACGGGGUGAAGUUCAAAGUGCGAGAGCGGAAGCGAUGA